CGUCUGCCAAUCCUGGCACCUGUGCGCCAAGCCACUGCACCGCGGAGGACCCCGUUCCGGGCCAACCGUGGGCUCCGAGCCACGGCCACCCAGCCUCUGGGCCAGUGCGACCUGCAGCCACCCACCCCGGGUCCCCGCCGCCACCCACAGCUGCAGGAGCGCACAACCCCAGCCAGUGCUUGCUGUGACCCGGGCCCCGGGGACCCUCACUCCUUCAGAGGCGUCGUGGCCGGCUCGGGCAGAAGCCGAGUUGAGUACAGCAUUCGCCCGCGCUGCCGUUCUCUUCUCCGCCCAGGAUUUAUUGUCUGUGGAGCCUUCUGGGGGCGGGGAGGGAGCUGCGCCUCCGCCGCCGCCGCCACUGCUGCUGCUACGGUCGCUAGCGCGGCGCGCUGGGCGGGCGGAGGCCGGGGACUGGCCGCGCUGGUGCUCCCCGCGGGCUCCUGGCUCCCCCCUGGCACCUCUCCAGCCUUGCACCUGAAGGGCAGUGGCAUCAUGGUCUGACGCGGCAACUGCCCGGAGUCCCCUCUGCCUUUGCUUUGGAGGACUCCCUACUGGCUUCACUGCGGACCCCAGAGCACUUUAAGGAGUAACCCUCGGCAGCUGCAAGGCCUUCGCACCCUGGACCCUCAUGGGUAGUUUCUGCCCCUGGCGAUGAUGGAGAGCCUAAUACGGGGAAGGAAUCCCCCACAAUAUCAGCGAAGUCCUUAUAAGGAGGCUCGUGCAGCACUUCGGAAGAGGCCUGAAGAGGAGUGAGCCCGCCACAUGAAAAGAAUGCAAGUCAAAGUGCCCACAGCCUAGACGUCUUCAGAGACAGGAGUGACUAGCAAUGCAGUGCCUGGAGAUGACCACCAAACGGAAACUCAUUGGCCGCCUGGUGCCAUGCCGCUGCUUCCGCGGCGAGGAAGAGAUCAUCUCAGUGUUGGAUUACUCCCACUGCAGCCUGCAACAGGUGCCCAAGGAGGUCUUCAACUUUGAACGCACGCUAGAGGAGCUCUAUCUGGAUGCCAAUCAGAUUGAGGAGCUGCCCAAGCAAUUGUUCAACUGUCAAGCUCUGCGGAAACUAAGCAUUCCUGAUAAUGACCUCUCAAGUCUGCCGACCUCUAUUGCUAGCCUAGUUAAUCUGAAAGAACUCGACAUCAGUAAAAAUGGUGUACAAGAAUUUCCAGAAAACAUCAAGUGCUGUAAGUGUUUAACCAUUAUUGAAGCCAGUGUCAAUCCCAUUUCUAAACUACCCGAUGGCUUCACGCAGCUUCUUAACCUGACCCAGCUCUACCUGAAUGAUGCCUUCCUUGAAUUUCUUCCAGCUAAUUUUGGAAGACUUGUCAAAUUGAGGAUCUUGGAGUUAAGAGAAAAUCACUUGAAAACUCUACCAAAAUCAAUGCACAAACUGGCCCAGCUGGAAAGACUUGACCUAGGCAAUAAUGAAUUCAGUGAGCUGCCUGAAGUUCUGGAUCAAAUACAGAAUUUGAGGGAGCUAUGGAUGGAUAACAAUGCAUUGCAAGUGCUGCCUGGGUCUAUAGGGAAGUUAAAGAUGUUGGUAUACCUGGAUAUGUCAAAAAACAGGAUAGAAACGGUUGACAUGGAUAUUUCUGGAUGUGAAGCCCUUGAGGACCUCUUACUAUCAUCCAAUAUGUUGCAACAGCUGCCUGACUCAAUAGGACUGCUGAAAAAGCUAACAACUCUAAAAGUAGAUGACAAUCAACUCACUAUGCUACCCAAUACAAUCGGAAACUUAUCUUUAUUAGAAGAAUUUGACUGCAGCUGCAAUGAGCUGGAAUCCCUUCCUUCCACCAUUGGCUACCUGCACAGCCUGCGAACCUUAGCAGUUGAUGAGAAUUUCCUACCAGAGCUGCCCAGAGAAAUUGGCAGCUGUAAGAAUGUCACCGUUAUGUCUCUACGCUCCAAUAAACUAGAAUUUCUUCCUGAAGAAAUUGGGCAGAUGCAGAGGCUGCGAGUCUUAAAUCUGAGUGAUAACAGGUUGAAGAAUUUACCCUUCUCAUUCACCAAACUCAAAGAGCUUGCAGCAUUGUGGCUUUCUGACAAUCAGUCCAAGGCCCUUAUCCCUCUACAAACAGAAGCCCACCCAGAAACCAAGCAAAGGGUACUGACCAACUACAUGUUUCCCCAGCAACCCCGUGGUGAUGAAGAUUUCCAGUCAGACAGCGACAGCUUCAACCCCACCCUGUGGGAAGAGCAGAGACAACAGCGCAUGACUGUUGCCUUUGAAUUUGAGGAUAAAAAAGAAGAUGACGAAAGUGCUGGGAAAGUUAAGGCUCUCUCCUGCCAAGCCCCCUGGGACAGGGGCCAGCGUGGGAUUACUCUCCAACCUGCCAGGCUGUCUGGCGAUUGCUGCACACCAUGGGCCAGGUGUGAUCAGCAGAUCCAAGAUAUGCCCGUCCCCCAGAGUGACCCCCAGCUGGCAUGGGGUUGUAUAAGUGGCCUCCAGCAGGAGCGGAGCAUGUGUGCUCCAUUGCCAGUGGCAGCACAGUCCACCACUCUUCCCUCUCUAAGUGGCAGACAGGUUGAAAUAAACCUAAAACGAUAUCCAACUCCUUACCCAGAGGAUUUAAAGAAUAUGGUAAAAUCUGUUCAAAAUCUGGUGGGUAAGCCAAGCCAUGGAGUGCGUGUUGAGAACUCAAAUCCAACAGCUAACACGGAGCAAACUGUGAAAGAAAAGUUUGAACACAAGUGGCCGGUGGCCCCAAAGGAGAUUACAGUGGAGGAUUCUUUUGUUCAUCCAGCUAAUGAAAUGAGGAUUGGGGAACUUCACCCUUCAUUAGCUGAGACCCCUCUGUACCCACCCAAACUUGUUCUGCUAGGGAAGGACAAAAAAGAAUCAACUGAUGAGUCUGAAGUUGACAAAACUCACUGUCUGAAUAACAGUGUCUCCUCAGGCACCUACUCAGACUACUCGCCCUCCCAGGCUUCCUCGGCGUCCUCUAACACCCGCGUGAAAGUGGGGUCCUUGCAGACAACAGCUAAAGAUGCCGUCCAUAACUCUUUGUGGGGUAACAGGAUUGCACCACCUUUCCCACAGCCUCUGGAUGCAAAGCCAUUACUCAGCCAACGGGAGGCUGUUCCUCCAGGAAAUCUCCCCCAGCGUCCUGAUCGGCUGCCAAUGAGUGAUGCUUUUCCUGACAACUGGACCGAUGGUUCCCAUUACGAUAACACGGGUUUUGUCUCAGAGGAAGCCACAGCAGAGAAUGCCAACAAUAACCCUCUCUUAAGCGCCAAAGCUAGAAGCAUACCUGCUCAUGGGCGCAGGCCUUUAAUCAGGCAAGACAGGAUUGUUGGUGUUCCCCUGGAACUGGAGCAGUCCACACACAGACACACGCCAGAAACAGAAGUGCCUCCUUCCAAUCCCUGGCAGAACUGGACCAGAACCCCCAGUCCAUUUGAAGACAGGACUGCUUUUCCUUCCAAGUUAGAAACAACCCCUACUACCAGCCCCUUGCCUGAAAGAAAAGACCACAUGAAGGAGCCUACAGAGACACCAGGUCCCUUUUCUCCAGGAGUGCCAUGGGAGUAUCACGAUCCCACCCCCAACAGGAGUCUCGGUAAUGUCUUUUCUCAAAUCCACUGCCGCCCAGAUUCAUCUAAAGGUGUUAUUGCAAUUAGCAAAAGCACAGAGAGGCUCUCCCCACUCAUGAAAGAUAUAAAGUCCAACAAGUUCAAAAAGUCUCAGAGUAUUGAUGAGAUUGACAUUGGUACCUACAAGGUUUAUAACAUUCCACUAGAAAACUAUGCCUCUGGGAGUGAUCACUUAGGAAGCCACGAGCGGCCAGACAAGUUGUUGGGACCAGAGCACGGCAUGUCCAGUAUGUCCAGGAGCCAGUCGGUACCCAUGCUGGAUGACGAGAUGCUCAUGUAUGGAAGUAGUAAAGGGCCACCCCAACAGAAAGCAUCUAUGACUAAGAAGGUCUAUCAGUUUGACCAAAGCUUCAAUCCACAAGGAGCAGUAGAAGUUAAAGCAGAGAAGAGGAUUCCACCCCCUUUUGCACACAAUUCUGAGUAUGUGCAGCAGCCCAGCAAAAACAUCGCCAAGGAUCUGGUCAGCCCCAGAGCCUAUAGAGGUUACCCACCCAUGGAGCAGAUGUUCUCCUUUUCCCAGCCAUCUGUAAAUGAGGAUGCCAUGGUGAAUGCUCAGUUCGCCAGCCAGGGGCCCAGAGCAGGCUUCCUAAGGAGGGCUGACUCCCUGGCCAGCUCCACGGAAAUGGCCAUGUUCAGAAGAGUCAGUGAGCCCCACGAGCUGGCCCCUGGUGACAGGUAUGGCCGAGCAGCCUAUAGGGGAGGGCUAGAAGGCCAGAGCAGCAUUUCAAUGACUGAUCCCCAGUUCCUCAAGAGGAAUGGCAGGUAUGAAGAUGAGCACCCUUCAUAUCAAGAAGUGAAAGCGCAGGCGGGAAGUUUCCCCGCUAAAAACCUUACCCAGAGGAGGCCACUGUCUGCCAGGAGCUACAGCACAGAGAGUUACGGAGCCUCCCAAACAAGGCCAGUUUCAGCUAGGCCUACCAUGGCAGCCCUCCUGGAAAAAAUACCAUCUGACUAUAACCUGGGUAACUAUGGUGACAAGCCGUCAGAUAACAGUGAUAUAAAGACAAGGCCCACCCCUGUGAAGGGAGAGGAGAGCUGUGGUAAAAUGCCGGCAGACUGGAGACAGCAGCUGCUUAGACAUAUAGAAGCUAGAAGGUUAGACAGGAACGCUGCUUACAAACACAACACAGUUAACCUUGGCAUGCUGCCCUAUGGAGGUAUUUCAGCAAUGCAUGCAGGCAGAAGCAUGACUUUAAACUUGCAGACUAAGUCUAAAUUUGACCUUCAAGACCUACCUCUUCAGAAAACCCCGUCCCAGCAAAGCAACAUUUUAGACAAUGGACAAGAAGAUGUCUCUCCUAGUGGCCAAUGGAAUCCUUACCCACUUGGGAGGCGGGAUGUACCUCCGGACACCAUUACUAAAAAGGCAGGUAGCCACAUUCAGACCCUGAUGGGGUCACAGAGUCUUCAACACCGAAGCCGGGAGCAGCAGCCAUAUGAGGGGAACAUCAACAAAGUGACCAUCCAGCAGUUUCAGUCGCCAUUGCCCAUCCAGAUCCCUUCAUCACAGGCCACCCGGGGACCUCAGCCUGGACGGUGCUUAAUUCAAACGAAAGGACAGAGGAGUAUGGAUGGCUAUCCUGAGCAGUUCUGUGUGAGAAUAGAAAAGAAUCCUGGGCUUGGAUUUAGUAUCAGCGGUGGAAUUAGUGGGCAAGGAAAUCCUUUCAAACCUUCCGACAAGGGUAUCUUUGUUACUAGGGUUCAGCCUGAUGGACCAGCAUCCAACCUACUACAGCCUGGAGAUAAGAUCCUUCAGGCAAAUGGACACAGUUUUGUGCAUAUGGAACACGAAAAAGCUGUUUUACUACUGAAGAGCUUCCAGAACACAGUAGACCUAGUUAUUCAACGUGAGCUCACUGUCUAAAUGUUUUUAUAAAUAGUGAAGAUAUGUCAGGCCAGAGCUAAUGUUCAAAAAUAAAUUUAUACAUAGAAACAAAUUUUGCCAGUUGCUGGACCAAUGGCAAACAUCAGUGCCAGGUGUAUAAUAUUGUACGUUAGCCUUGACUACCCUGAAAAAUGUUACCUAUAAACAUGGCGUUCAUGCGCAGUCCUGUAUCAGUUCCAGCGGCAGCCUCUGGCUGUACAUUGGUGCGGUUUUGUUUCUGUUUUUGUUUUUUAAUCAAAUAAGUUGUCUUCUAAAAGUGGAUUUCCUAUCAUUUUGGAGCACGGAAGCACACACAAGCUCUUUACAAAUUCUGCUCUCCAUCAGAAAUACUGCCUCAAAAGUUGUAUAUAAAGAAUUGUAAUCCCCACAAAGUAUUUCUAGCACAAGGUAUAUGUUGGCAUAUAUACAAAAAAGAAUAUAGAAAAACGAUAUUUUCAUAAACAUCUUGGAUUGAGAAAGAAAAUAUAUCUUAAAAUAAGACUUUACUAUAUUGAAUCUUUUUCAAUAAAAAUUACAUGAUUACGCCUUAUGGAAGCAACUGUACAUAAAGUAUAAGGUAUUUAUAUUUGGUUCCACAGCCAUUUGCUAAAUUCCCACGCAGAGUGAAAUAGUUCAUAAAUUAUCCAUUAAUCUCUGGGACCUGAGUAAAAAUUGGAGAAGGUAAAUCUGUUCAAUGCCUUUAGCUAAUUAAAAGGACACAAGCAGACUUUAGAGACAGACCACAGGCUGCUGCGGAACAGGUCUUCACCACAACCAGAAGCAGCGAGUGAGGGGUGGCAGGGAAGGCUUAAUGCUUUAAUGUUCUGUUUCCUCGGGGUUAUGUUGACUAUAAACUGUGGCCCCUGUGAUUCCCUUACUGUAAAUGUGGAACUUAUCUGUGUGCUGCUUUAUUUAAUUUGCUACUUUUAAAUCAUUUUCAAUGAAUUUUGGGAAUUGAUAACAUUUAUUAUAGAGAGAGACUUGUUAGAAAGCUAUGGUGGGUGAUUUCAAAACUUUGGUAUUGAAAUAUGGAACUUCAGAUAUAAUUUCUCAGAGCUGUGGUCUACUAGUAUCAUUAAUCUUAAUGCCUGGGGAUUUUUUUGUAGACAGAAAUAGACAAUUUUUUUUUCUCCAAAAAAAGUUUCAAGAAACAUAAACAUGAAUGCAAUCAUACCAGAGAAUGAAAAAAGCCUAAUGUACUUUUACAUUGUGUUUCCCUUUGUGAAAAUUCAAAAUAUGUUUUAUAAUCCUUUAAAGUAUUUCUUUUUAUAGUAGUCAUUAAUUUGAUUAAAAUAUUAAUUUGAAAUUUCAGGUCGACUUUCCAUAAUUAGUUGUACACAUUCCCUCAUAUACCUACAUCAUUUUUUAUAUAACAAAUUUAUCUCACAUGCUAGUGUUUGAAAUUUUACAAUGCAAUCACAUGUGGAUGUCACCAGAGCUCUGAGGAUAAUAUUUGUAAGUUUAUGUUUUAUGGGGACAUUGAAAAUAUUGUAUUUUUGUAGGAUCUAUUAAAAUGAGUGCCACUUAUUAGAAGUACAGUGGUGUUUUUGGCAUAGAAUUUGUCACUUGGAGACAAAGGCAACUUCAUUUACAGGUGGUGCACUAGUUUUUGUGUUGAUUUAUGUCAGGAUGGCACGAUACUGUCGUUUUAUGGCUUUGACAAUUAGCUACUGAUUUGAGAUUGACCUUUUUGGCAUAUUACACAGAAGCAGCUUUUAAGAGCAUUUUCAUACAUUGAGAGCAUCUAAUGAGAAGUGUCUUUCAAACCCUAAUUUUCUGUUUCAAAAGCUCAUGGCACAUCACCGUAGCAGAUGUUCUAGGCUCAGUCUUAGUCAAGAGAAACCAGCCAAGCUCAGAACAUAGUAUGGCAGCUUGAAACAUCCAGAAAGCACCCAUCAGGGCUGUGUGGCCUUCUACCUGAAAGCAGGAGAAGGAGCUGGAGAGAUGGCUCAGCAGUUAAGAGCACUGGCUGUUCUUUCAGAGGUCCUGAGUUCAAUUCCCAGCAACCACAUGGUGGCUCUCAACCACCUGUAAUAAGACCUGGUGCCCCCUUCUGGACUGCAGGAACACAUGUAGGCAGAAAGCAGGAGGCAGCCAAAUAAAUGCAGGGCUCUCCAGGUGCUUUCUUUUGUAGGAGCAUCAGGUGCUCCUGAGGCCAUCAGCUGAGAGGUGGUGACCCUUCCUUGAUGGACAACAUUGUCAGGGGCCUUGCUUUGACACUUCCUUCUGUGAGGCUCAGUAAUGGGGAAAGAAAAAAGGGAUUCCUGACCUCUUGGGGAAAAUGUGGAUAUAUUCCAGGUGUUUUAGGUUAACUCAGUGGAAUCACUUGUGGUUGGGGGAGGGGCUCCUCAUUGAUUUUAAAGAUGGCCUGAGCCAGUAAUUCAUUGAUCUGGGGGUAUUUUUAUUUUUGAGUAACUAACUUGCUACCUGAAACUAGAAUCUGGUUCAUGUUAACAUCAAAUAUAGAAGCUAAGAGUGUUAAAAGGGAAAGAAAGAAAAAGAAAAGUCUACAACACAAAGGAGUGAGUUCUCGGUGGCACCAUGAAAUCUCUACCUCUUGGUGGGUCCUGGAUCUUCCUGCUGAGGAAGCUGCUUAUAGACAUGGAUCAAUAGGGUGAUGUGGAGUAGGCUGGAGACAUUACAGAUGGAAAGGACAAACACUAACAAUUAGUAGCCAAAAUCUGUGGGUUCUGCCAAAUAAACAUAAAGGGACAAUUUUCAAAACAUCUCACCAGGCAUACAGUACUUUGUCAUAAACACUUUAUUAAGGUGACGCCACCAGGCAACAGAAGCCACCAAACACACGUGUCCUGCUGACUUGGAGCCUGUGGAAGUGUGGCUGCCUCUCAGACUUGUAGUAAGUGCUGUCUGGGCUCCCCACCCUGGAUCAGGACUGGGAACCACCACUGACUCAUUUUCAGAGAGGAGUGCAUGCAAAGCACUGCUGUCACUCUCUUUAAAAGUGGGGUUGAGCUACUUACCAUGUGUGAGGUUAAGAGAGAGAGAGGAUAGAGGACAGAAAAUGAUGAAGGACUUUUGAUUAUAUAUUCAAAUAUCAAGAGAAAAAUUUCCAAAUUUCUCGAACUAUUAGAUGGAGAAACUCAGAAACGAUUAAUUUUUAGUCAUAGAACCUGCCAAAUGUGCACACCUCGGUGUAAAAGCUUGGAAAACAGUGUUCUUCUCAACCCUUCUUUCCACAGGAUUUGAGUUGUCCAUCAUCAUUUUCUGCUUCUCAUUGGCAGGAAGAUUGAGAAUGUCUAUUCCAAUGAAUGCAUUCUUGUGGAGAGCAAGAAUAUGACCUAAUCAGAUCAAAAUUCAUGUUGGUAUCAGACUGCCACCUGAGCCAUUAGUGAAUUUAGUCAUAACAUGUCUGACUGAUCCAUGAAAUGGUAACCCACCCACAGAUUCACUGGAACACUAGAUCAGUAAAAAGUAACAAGUUAGGAAAAUAAUGAAGUCCAGUCAGUUAAGAUAGGCCCUUCAGUACAAAGACAAGCAGCACUGAGGGGCCAACAAAAGCCCCGUGGCACAAAUACUUCUUUCCAUGGCUUAACCAAAUGUUCAAACACCAGUUAGUCAUGCACCCACUUUCCACCAUGGGUGCAGCUUCUUGACCAACCAGGACUUUGGUGGAUUUUCUAGAUUCAAGAUUACUUAUACAACUUUUUUUCCUUAGCAAUCCUGGGAGAGGCAUUCUGCCCUGGCUUGGAACAUGAGCCUGGAUCCCCUGAAAACAUGCUAUGUCUCCCAAAUAGAAUGUGGGCUGAGGGUAAUUGGGUGUGUUCUGUGGAACACACACAGUUGCCGGCUCUCCUGCAUGUCUGUCUAGCUCCAUUUUAGUCCACAGUAUGCAGUGAGUUUCCCAUGACACCCAUGGAGAGACUAAGGCAGAUACAACCUUGUUUUCAAUUCUGCUCUGGCACAUCUGGGGACAUUUCUGCUUCUAGCAUGCAAAGCUGGUCUCCUCUCAUGGCUGUUGGCCUUCUGUAGACUCAUGCCCUACCCACCCAUGCUGUUCAAAGGAGGUAGGUGUAUGUUUCCAUCCCACCGAGGCAAACACAUAUAGCCUCCAAAGCUCUAGCUGCCAGAAGACCCAGAAUAUCAGCUGAGGGCUUCCCCCACUGUUCGAGAAGAAUUCUCCUAGGGGAAAAGUCAGUGCUUACCACACCACUGACAGCAGCAAACAGCUCAUGCACAAAGGUGUGUGAGGGUGUCAGUGCCUUAACAAAGCCAUGUUUUCACUUCCAUGUUUAUUUCUACUGUUUGCUUCUCUAUUCUAAGUGUUAGAUAUUUGCCAUACUAAGGGACUUUCUCUGAGCUGCUUGUAUGCAUACUGGGGCACCUCCUAGUCUUCCCAACCUUUAACACUGUGAGGAAAUUAUCCAGAAACACUCUCCUGUGAGGACAGAAACUCCUGCCUUCCAUCCCAAAGAAUCUGAGAGUUCUGGAACAAUGAAGAGGAAAAACCACUUUAAGAGUUUAUUUUAAAACCAACAGUGAAAACAGAGGAACCUGGGUUCCCUUGCUUUCUCACUAUAUGAUUGUCUUGAUUUUCCUAGAAGCCAUUUUUUUUGGGGGGGAGAGGGAAGGGAAGGAAGGACAUAAGAACUGAUGGUUUUAACUUUUGCAGCAUCUUGACUGCCUAGGUUCUGCAGAUGGAUUCUGAAACAUUCCCUAAGUAGGGCGCAGAAUUAAAAGUGAGAGGGUCUGUUACCAGCCUGUGCAAAUAGCCAGGAGAGAGAUCUGAGAUACACCCUUUCUUCUAAAAAUUCAAAACACACUCUUGUUUUGGCUUGACUUUGUUCAUGGUAACACCAUAGAGAGUUAAGUGUUGGGAAAUUUCAGGCAGCAUUUAUGUAGAAAAUGAUAUAAUCCUGUGGCUUUUUUUCUAACACUCGACUGAUAUAGAACUGACCAAAGCAGAAGCAAUGGACCAGACCCCAAUACAUGAGUUUCCAAAUCCAACAUAAUUCCCCUUCUUUAUUAAAAAUGACUGUUUCAUCCUUUAAGCUGUACCAUUUGUAUAUAUCCAUCUGUAUAUGAAUUGGUGGGGAAAGGUGUUUAAAAUGAUCAUUCAGUAUUUCCUUCCUUUGAAAGUUUUUCUCCCACUUUGAACAAGUGUAUUAUUUGUAGGGGGUUUUUUCUAUUUUAAAAUAAAGUGAUGAUCAUACAUCCCACCACACAGACAGACAUCUCUCAUCUAGAGGAAAAUAGCUCACAUUGAGUCUUGUUUGCAACAGCAAACUCAUAUACUUCCUUCACAAUAGGUUAGCUGAUCUCAGAAGCCUAGAGUAAAUUAUACAGUCAAGGCAUUUAGAGAUACAUUAUUGAAGAUUGUAACAAAAAGCAUAAAGUGCAAGGAUUAUAAAUUUUAUGAUAAAUAUCUGCUGAGCGCCACUAUGCAUCGGGCCUGAUAGGGACAUAGCACAGCCCCUCCUCUGCACAGAAUGUCAUAGUUGAGUGGAAAAAGAAGCUGCAGAUGGAAUGAGACAGUCUGAUGAGUCCUCUCUCUCUGCCCUUACCCUAUCCCAUGGCUGAUGGCAUCCACUCUGCCCAGGCUGGAACAGUACUUCAGUUGGAGCUCUCCUUAGGUCUCCCUACCAGGUCCUAGGGCCACUGGGAGGCCAUUUCAAGUGUUUGUUGGAACUUAGAGAACCGUCUAACAGACUGGUCAUGGCCAGAUUGAAAAUAUUUUUGCACAUGGGAAACAGAACCCAGAAUCUCUUGGAUUUUGGAGGAAGGGCCGUGUUUUUGUCAGUUUGUUAGCAGGAAAGAAAACAAGGGUUGUCAUGGAGACCACUGUUCCUCAGUCUGGCCCAGUGCUCAGCUCCAUGCUCUGGCAUCAGUAGAUGCCAACAUCUUAACAGACACAGGAAGAGGGGGGGGUCCUUCCUGUGUCCACUGCUUCUAGGACAUACUUUCUGUGUCCAGUGUUAGAAUUAUCAACUCAGAAAGGCAGUGAAUAGCUGAGUGUAGUGGCAUACACCUUUGAUACUAGCACUUGGGAGGCAGAGGUAGGUGGGUCUCUGUGAGCUCAAGGCCAACCUGGUCUACAGAGUGAGUUCCAGGACAGCCAGGACUACAUAGUGAGACCCUGACUCAAUAAUAAUAAUAAUAAUAAUUUUUUUAAAAAGGCAGUGAACAGGGGUCAACAUCCAGCUGACCACCUUUCAGACCUAUGUAUUCCCCUGUGAACUUAAGAAUACUGUCACGACCUGGCCUGCUGUUUAGCCCAUCCCAUGAUCAAACUGCUUGUAUGCUGUUGGCUUGUGCAUAUCUACACAUCAAACCAACCAUCUGUCCUUCCCAGGAGAGCUGGGGCCUCUGGUUGUAGGAAUGGCUUGUUUCUCUUCCCUGCCUGACCCAGACUGGGUAAGGCUCUCGCCUUCUGUGUGCCCCAGUGCUUUGCUGCCUUUGUACACAUUGGCACUUUGCUGGCAAGCUUCCUCUCCUAGCCUCCUUCCCAAGUUACCAAAAUCAUAUUCAGUCUUCAGGGUCCUGCCUACUUGGCACAGCAACCAUGAAGUCUUCUGUAGUCUUAAUGGGGAAACUGUCAUUACCACCAACAUGGUGUAGUCUUCACUCUACCUGAGCCCUGUGCUGCUUGGUCUGUGUUAAUUCUCUAUCGAGUUGAAGUUCCUUUGAGAAAGAGGGAUAGACAGUACUUAAGAGGCCUUCUGGACAGUAUCCCCAGAAGAGCACAUCAAUCCCUCAGCCUUUCUUAGUGCCACAAGCAUAGUGAGUGACAUACUUAACAAAUAAUGGCUUCAGUGGGUGACGGAUGCUUCUCUGUGUAACCUUAAAUGGUGAACCUAUUACCUUUGGCCUCCUCUGUUGAUUCAUUAUUCCCACUUUUAUUGGGGAUUGGGAAGUCCUCUAUGCCAAAUUUCCCCCUCUCCUUGCCAUUUCUUUUCAAAGCCUUCAGAAUCUUUGUGCUGUUCAGCAGUUAGCUUUCAUUUCCUUUUUACAUAUUCUAAAGAUGCCAGCAUUGACCAAAAUAUAUAAGUGAUUUGGUUAUUCAUUGGGAAAACAUUUUUAUAUCCUUUUAAUUAGUUUGGAUUUUGUUUCUUCUGGGGAAAAAUCAUGCAUUUAGUUGUCAGAAAUAGCCCAGAGACAUGAAGGAUGAUGUUGAACUCAAAAAGCUGUGGUUUUAAGCAUCUUAGAGACCACCAGGCCCAGAACCCCAUCCUGGCCAUAGCUCUCAAGCCCUGGUGAAGAGACUGUGAAGGCUGAAUAUGGUUAAGGCUGCCCUUAGACUCAUUUAAUAUAAAGAUCCUUCUACCUUGUAUUGUGACUAGGAAGGUUGUUAGCUAUUUUUACAAUAUGAAGAUGAGAAGAAUAAAGAAUACCCUAAAAGAAAAUGGCACAAGAAAUUCAGAGAAGAAAUGAGGUUCCCAUAGUCAACAAGGCAUUUUUCUGAGGUAAGUGCCAGUGUCAGACACUUACAGCCACAGGAAAAAGCUCGUGGAGAAGUGAAAGUGUCUAUCACUCCUGAGACAAAUGAGGAUCUGGAAGGGACAGCUAACACAUUAUCCAAACUUCCCAGAGAAGGGGCCUCUCUUAGCUUUGUGUCACCACCACCCACCAACAAAACCGAGGAAGAAUAAAUUAUGUGUUGCUUUUCCCCCAAAGCUUCUCAUUUUGAGGUCCUGGUUUCAAGUCUGAGAUACUUGCUGUCCUUGCAAUCAUUCUGACAUGCCCACAGAACUUUUCUUGAGGAACAUGUAGUUACAAAGAAUCACCACCAGGUGGAGAGCGUCUUCCUAGAUUUAAUGUCAGAGGCUGAAGACGUCUUCACAGCCGGUUCUUGUCUCUGGGCAGAUGGAGUAACACCCCUUUCCACACUCUUUAUUAACAAUUAUUUAUAAUUAUGCUCUAGGCCUAAAUGACACCAAUGGAUUGUGUAUCUUUUGUACUAAAACGCUCAGGUUGAAUCAACUCCCCAGAGUGCAGAUCUCUCUCUCUCUCAGCCUUGGACCAGUGUGUGCUGAAAUUCUGUUCUUUCUUAACAGUUCAGUAAGCACAUCCACUGCUUUCAUAGUUUUUCUCUAGCUUGCAUGAGUCUUUCAGAUACUUUGUGCUAAUCUCCCUUAUUUUAUCCACACCUCCCAUCAGUUGACAUGGAAAUAUAUUUGCUUUAAAUCAUCAUAAUUUACUUUGGAAAUUAUCUCUCCAAAACUUAAGCUUCAGGAAUCAAGUUUGCCUGAAUGGCCUCUCCUAUGAAAAACUAAUCAGGGUCCUGCUUGAAUGUACAUUUCCAGCUGACAUCUGGUGGUAACUCCUCUAUAAACUCACCUUUCACCUUAUACAUGUACACAUGUAUUAACAUAACAUUAUAAAGGAGUUUAUUACAUAAAGAAUGCAUUUUAAAAAGCUUCUCAUAACGUGAAAAUUGGGUUCCAAGAAAGGCCUAGCUAGGUAAACCCACCCCCCACCUCUUUCAGUCAGAAUAUCCAUGUAUUGAAAGCAGAAUCUUGGCCACCUUGGUGACAUGCUGUGAUUCUGAGAUAUUCAGUCUCAGGGCCUCUGAUGGCUGGGUCCUGGUGAAAGAAAUCACAUUUAAGUUAAGGGUGUCUUCACCAUCUGCCCGGACUUCUACUGUGAUGAUCCCAUCAAAACCCCAGUGGGCUUCAGACUCCCUCUACGGACACUUAAUCUGGUCCUCUUCCAGCAAAAGAAAUCAGAAGACAGGAUGUUCUUCCCUGAAGCUUAUUAAAACAUUAAAUCCUGGUGUUUUUCUCUAAAGGAAGCUUUCUUCUGGCCACAAGGUCACCAGCUCCUACAGUGAGCUCUUAGCAGAUUCUGGUCAGCCUCCUUAGGGGGCUGGGGACUAAUCGCUGUGACCUCAAGCCUGCUGGUUUUAUGGCACCACUCAGGUAGGCUCACCAUGCUAGCUUCAGCUUCUCUCAGGAGGCAAAGAACCCCUGAGCCAGCCUGGACUUGAGCAGUGUUACUCACCAGCAAGCCACUGGGCCUCUUCUUUUGGAAAAUAUUUGGCUUCUUAACUUGCUUUCUUCUCUAUUUCACCAUUAUCCUCCUUUCAGAUUUUCACGGGCUUCUAAAGAUCAGUUUGGUUGUAGAACUAAACAGGAGAAUGAAAACUGCCCGUCCGCUCUCCCCAGUGCGGCCUUGUCUCCCUUGUGGAUCUGGUGCAGUACUACCGCUCAAUUUUUGGUUCAAACCAUUAAAUAUUUUGUUUCAUUUUUUACUUGUCCAUAUAGUAAUCUUAGUGUUUUAUUCCUGAAACAGUCUCUCGGUCAGCAACAUUCCUUCCUUAUGCUGAGAUUAUGAUUGCCUUAGCGCUUAGGGCUCAAUACUUUCAUUUUCUAGCCUGCCAGCUCUGAUGCAAAGUGAACACUCUCUCUUAGUGUGAAGGGCCCAGGGCUGUGCUUUCAGCUGUGCAGAAUGGGAGUUACCCAUGUUGGUUCAUGGAGUAGCCUCAGUGUGGGAAAAGAAGUCUGCAAGAAAAACUGUCACUAACUUAAGGGGCCACUAACACCUUCCCUAACCCUGUCCCAGGUUGUCACCUCCUGUGAGAGAUAAGUGAGUGAUUGUGAUCUGCAAGCUUCACUUUAUUGAUGUUCAUUAAAGCAGAAUUCUAAAAAUGGGAAAACCAUCAGGCAGCUGGCAAGUCUCAGCCUCCUCCACACUGUCAUGGAAGCUGUCUUGACCAGUUUUCCUCCUGUUUGUUUGAAACCAGCUGGUGGUAAAUGCAUUUGCAUGCAGUUCUUCAGCCUUACUGUGGGAUCAUUCAACUUGACAAUAAGUAUUUUGCACUUGAUAGAAUCUCGAAGAUUUCUUCUGACCAAGAGAGACUCCAGCAAGUACUACCCUGGUGGGUGCUUUAUACAAUUGCAGAUGCUGCUGCCUAAACUCACAUCUCUGUGCUUGCCUCCCAGGACAAGUCAGAUGUGGGAACCAAACCCCUCCAACCACACAACCACACACACACACACACACACACACACACACACACACACACACACACACCGCACCUCUCUCCCUCUCAGAAUUAGUACUCCUUUUUUUCAUUUCCACACUUCUCCACAGAAUCUGGGCCUGUGGGAUCUAGGGCCCUAAGUCAUCAUAAGCAGCUCAAAAGUAAUUAUUUUCAUAAACAUUCCCACAUGCUCACUUAAAGCAGGAUAUAGACUCUUAUUUACUUACUUAUUGAGAAUGCUUCCAAACCUGUAGUGUGAAUAGAUGUAGUUCAGGGACAUGUUUACUGUGGUUUAGGAUUCUGUACCUGCAGAGCAUGCAGAUGCCCCACCCCUGAGCUGCACCCCAGCCCCUACAGAAGUGCUGCAGAGGCUGUCUCCAGAGUCCUCUGGACCAUCAUAAGUACAGGCUUCUAGUCUGCAGUGUUAAUACUUUAAAAAAAAAAUUUAUCAAUGAUUUUUCAAGCCUUUCUUUUUCUUGUUGUCCUAUCAAUUAAAUCCAAUAAACAGAGGCAUAUAUUCAAAGCUCUACUGUGGGAACAGUUGAACAUACAAGUAAGUACUAGCCCUUUCCCAGUCAAACAGGGAGACAAUGCUUAAGAAGUCUAACAAACAGCUGUGUCUGAGAAAAAUGUGAGAGAGAGCAGAGAAUAAAUAUAUCCUCAAUGUGUCUCUCACUCUGACAAAGUAGCAAAGGAUUCCUUUCGGCUUCACUGAUUCAGUGUGGAUAUGGAACAUUCUGGAAAGCCAGCUCCCAUUUCUCAUUUGUGUUUAUUGUCCAGAAAGGACAAGUCUCUGGAGACAGUUGAGGCAAUACCAUCCAGAAUGAGUCAUAUCAAGCCUGACUUGCCACUCCUUUUGAUUCAGUCCUUCAGGGAGGCUGCCCUUAGGGAUCAGUCAGAAUGCAAGAUUAGGGCAUCUAAACAUUUUCUUUUCUUUUUUUUUUAAUUAAUUAAUUUAUUUAUUAUGUAUACAGAGUUCUGCCUACAUGCAUGCUUACAGGCCAGAAGAGGGCACCGGAUCUCAUUACGGAUGGUUGUGAACCACCAUGUGGUUGCUGGGAAUUGAACUCAGGACCUCUGGAAGAACAACCAGUGCUCUUAACCACUGAGCCAUCUCUCCAGCCCCUAAACAUUUUCUAAUUAGUGCACAGAUUCACUAAGUCACUACAAGGUAAACUCCACAUUAGCUCCUAAGAAGCAGUACCUCCCCAGGUUCCCAUGGGGGAGUCUCUCCUGCCAUUGCAUUACAUGGCAAGAACAGGUGAUGUUUUUGUUUUUGUUUUUUGCUUUCAGCAAAACACUAGUUUUCUUUGUUCCAUGAGGUUAAAGUUAGAGCCCCCACACCCGUUAGGAUUAGUCUGGUUUUGGGACAGCACAGAUAUAAUCAGUAAGCAUUCAGGUGUGGCGGCAUAGCUACCCUUGAUGGGACUUAGUGAAUCUGCACAUUAAAUUAGAAAAUGUUUAGUAGAAACAUGCAGCAUAGCUGCAUUUGAAAAUGAGAUUGUGCAGGCAGAUCUGAGUCAAGGCCAACCUGGUCUACAGAGAGAGUUGCAGGAUAGUUACACAGGGAUACCCUGUCUCAAAAAACCAAAAUAAAUAAAUAAAUAAAUAAAUAAUAAGAAAAUGAGUGUGUUUUGAAAAUACUUGAGUUAUUUCCUGACCUCCAGGUGCCACUUUGAACAUGACAGACAGCCAGGUAGGGAAGCAUUGAAACACCUUACAGGUGUGUUGGCUAGUGUGGAAAGCCCACUUGUAGAAAGUCAAUAGUGCCUGCCCCAUAGACACUGUCAUUCCACUCUUAAGUCAGUUUUUCAAAUUCCCAAAUGUUUGUGGCAGCGAAAAGCAAUAAAUAGCUAAGGAGACUGGUUCUUUUUUAAUGUAUAGUGCUGCAUCACAAAUGAUCAAAAACUGCAAGUCAUGUCUGCCACACUAAGAUACAAGACAUAACAGAGAAUCUUAAACAGCCACAUGAAGAAAUGGAGAGAAUAAAUCAAAUGUUUAAAAAAAAAUAGAGCAGGAGUUUGGGAGAUGGCUGAGCAGGUAGUUGGCCUGAGUCAGGACCCUGAGCACACAGCAAACUCUGAGCCUCCUGUCGUCCUCUGGCUCAGAAGGUAGAGACAAGUGACCCCCAGGGCAAGCUGGCUAGCUGAAUUAGCUUGGGCUUCGAGUGGAAAGCCCCGCUCCUGUAUAUAAGAUGGAGAGUGAUGGAGGAAGAGGUCUGACAAUAACUUUGGGCCUCCACAGGCACAUGCACACAUGUGCACACAUGCCCAAAACACACACAUGCACUCAAAACACAAGCAAACACACAUGCACAAGAAGGUGGAAUCGAAGUUUAGUUCUUAGCACAUUACAGCAGUUCUAAUAUGAUGGAACUCUUGUCUGUGGGAUGGAUGUGGUAAAAUUACUAUAGACAGUAGAUGGGUAGCCUCUCAGAGGGGUUGAAGUUUGCCCAAAGAAUGAGCUACCAGAAGAGUCAGUUAAAGCUUUUGAAGCUAGUUAUUCUUCAGUUUAAUCAUCACCAACUAAUCUUCCUCUAGACACGAACUGAUUUUAGACACCAUACAUGAAUAGAAGCAGCAAUUUAUUCAUUGUGCCAGCUUCAUAUCUACUUCUGAAGAUCUCAUGACAUGCUUGUCUCUCUCAGAAGAGAUCUGCCUACUGCCUUUAGAAACAUCAGAGCUCCAUGGGGCUGUCAAGAUAUGUCCCUCAUCAGAUUAUUCCAUCCUGACCUUCAUUGGAUAUUAGUAUAAGAAAUAUAGUCUGCAUAUACCAGGCUUCAUGCUCCAGCCUGUUUACCAUCCUGAGUGUCUGGGUCCCUCACAGAUUUCAGAACUCUCUGAAGGACUCUGAACACUGCCAAAGGCUUCAGUGAGGAGCUCUAACAAACAGGUCAGGAAGUCACUGGUAAUCAUGGCUUCGAGAAAUGGAUCCCAGGAUGCUGCUUCAGUCACAACAAUUUGCUGUUAAGACACUAACUGCGUGACCAUGGCUUAGCUCUUGACUGUCCUGACUUCAUGCUUGGUGGAUGUUCAGUUUUGUCAUGUGUAUUUGAAAGGUCACCCCAGGUGAGGGCAAGUGAAAGAUUUGGAAAUUAGCCUUCAGGAGGGUCUGAGUCAUCCCUUGGGCCAUCCUACAUCUCACAGUACAUUUCAGGAUCAGGCCCAGCUAAAGCUUGUGAAAAACAGCCUUUUGGUUAGCUGGGAGGACAAAGAGGUGGCUCCCAGGAGCACAGACACAUAUCCACCUCCCUCAUAUCAGGGUUGAAACUGCUAGGUAGGUCCACACUGCCAACUUUCCAAGGUCCUUUGUCUGGCUUGAAGUUGGCACCACCAGAGGGUAUUCAAGGAGGCUUUCUUUGACCAAGUGAAGAGAAAUACUUAUUUCCAUGAGAAACUAAAUCCUCAGUUACUUAUGGGUUGCCUGGCCAUGGGGGAGGGGAGAGGAAUUUGUAAAUCAUGGCUUUUGUUACUGUUCUUUGGCUUUUGAUUUUGAAUUCUUGAGAGGCUGCUUCAAGCAAUAACAUGAGGUAUGCAAUAAUCCUGUCAGGUGGUAUGCCUGGGCUUGAGUUAGAGUCUUUUGCAUGUUGCCUGUUUACCCACACAGUUCACAUAGGGGCUAAAAAGCUUAACUUAUCAGGGAUGGAACUAGGUUUUACAGAGUUCCUUUAACCAAACAAGCUUGCUACUUUCUCAUUUCUUCCUGCAUCUGCCUUGGGACUAUUAACUGCAAAGUCAUUCUGGCCAUUUUCAUUGAUGUCAUCAGAUGAGAAACACUUUCUUUAAAUCCCAAAGGCUUAAACAGCAAUGUAGAAAUCAACUCCUUAUCAUUUUAUUAUUCCAAUCUAAUUCCUCACUCUUUGUCAUAUUUUUCAUUUUCCUGCAUCAGUUCCCAUGGUAACAAGUCUGUUGGCAGAGAAAAUGCAACUCUGCUCUUAGCUUUCAGCACAAUGUAAAAUCCUUUUUAGGUAAGUGCGACAUAGACAAGCAGAGACUGGAGUCCUCUUGCUAAUAACAACAUUUUCUUACCUCUUAUAUUCACUUUCCAUCCUGUCCUCAAGUAAGGCUCUCAUGUGCAGAGGCCUUCCAGGCAAUCACAGUUUCAAGGACUUAACCUUUGAGUUCCUGUGGCUUCCCUUUUCCAAAUGUCAAUAAGGCGAAUGCAUCCAUCAAGGCUGCACAGAAAAGCAACUUUCAAUCAAUUCCUAUAAAAAACGCCCUCAGUAUUUCUGAGGAAAUAAUCUGUCCUGAACUGAGCCUUAAAUCAGGGUCUAAUGCCAAGAUAAUGAAAGGCAUUUAAGCAGAUUUCUUCCCAGUAAAUAAAUGCAGAGGCCAAGUUCUAAGCUCUUGAAAAGAAGUGAAGACUCAGGUGUGGAAAGCAGACAUGGGCCUGGCAGCUGCCUGCACACAGGGGAGCUUCAGUGGAGACAAUUCACUACCAAGUAUGAAAAGGCAAGCAAUUGCAUCUGACUUGGUGAAGUAUUUACACCUGCGAUCCCAGCAAUGAGGGGCUAAGGCAGAAGUGUUACAAGUUUGAGGCCAGUCAGGGCUACAUAGUAAGAUCUUGCAAGGACUGGGAAUGCAGGUCCUAGAGAUCCAAUUCCUAGCACCUAAAAAAAAAUCUACUGAAGCAAAGGAAAUGGGAGUGUAGAGAUGGAGAAAGGGGAGAGGAGUUUGCAGAAAGCCCAACCCCAAGAUCAAAUGUUUUAAACUUCAGGUUCCCCUGUGGCUUGGCACUGGCAGCCCCAACUACUGCCUCAGUGCCCAGGAAGCAAAAGGGCUGUCAGAAACUGAACAGGAAUUACCCAAAUAUGUGCAGAUUUAAAAAAAAAAAAAAAAAGAAUUAAUUCAGGGGAAUGAAAAAAGAUAUUAAAUAAAAUGUGGUUAUCUCAACUCUAGUUAGGAAAACGAUCAAAUGUAAAUGAUCUCUUUCUUGCUUAGUCUAUGAGACACUUAAGCACCAAGUUAGCUGCUUAUAUUGUAUAAAUGUAUUUUUGGCUGUUCAAAGGUUAUUUUCCUAUAUUAAAAAGUUUCUUAUAUUAAAACCUUUUAUUAUAACUCAGGUUUUGUGUCUCUUAGACACACAUUUUUCUUUGCUAGUUUGUUUUGCACAGCUGGAGUCUGAGGUUGGAUGAUGCCUGGGUAUGACAGGUCAGCUGAACUGCCUGAUAGCUAGACUAAGGAAAGCACUUGACACGUGGGCAAACCACAUGGUUUUUCAUAGCUUUCCACUCCUCUACUAAAAAAUAGUUUGCCGGGAAUCUUACAUGAUUUUGUUUGUUUUUGAAAGUCUCUGGAAAAACCAAGACGAAUCUCUCAGGCAGAUAAAGAAUUUCCUGUAUUUGCCCAAAUGUACUGUUAAAAUAAAUAUUACUUUCAAUACUCAUUUUUCCACUCAGAGGGCACUCACUGGUCUCAGACCAAGGAGACGACAUCUGGCUUAGAUCAGGAUAACUGAGUGCUGUUUUACUCUUAGGAAGCUUUGUUAUGCUUUGAUGACAGCGUCAAUGGAAUGUUUCGUAUUUCUGCUCUGAUUAUUAGACAUUUCCUUUGCUUCCCUCCUCGCAAAAGCAAGCCUUACUAUGAUGUCUGUUUGAAAUAAAGGAAAAGGUAACUAACAGGCAAACAACACAACUUUGGUUAGAAGAGGCAAUCAAGUUCUUUUUGCACUCAGUGAAUGGAAGGGACUGAAGGCGGCUUGAGAAUGUGCCACUAUUUACAUAUGGAGGGAAGAACUCUCCCCAGGGCCAGCAGGAAGCCAGAGGCAGAUCUAUUGAAUGUGAAAAGGGUACUGCAAGGUCACUACAGGUUACUAGAAGAACCAGAAUUUUCUUUCCUAUUAGCAGCCACCAAGGGCACCCCACACUCAGCUGUGUAUGAAAAACUAUGAACUGUGGUCUCAUUCUUUUCAGAAAAGAAAUAUUAAGCAUCAGAACAGUGAUUCUGAUGGAAGACAGUGGUGGACUUCCAAGCGGUUUGCAAAGAAUUAUACAAACAGACUGCAGACUGUUUUUUAAAUAUUCAUAAAAUUUAUUUUUCAUUUUCAAAACUAUUUGAUCAAUGAUUUUUGUCCUUAGUAAUUUGUGGGAGAUAAAUCUAUUUCUUUAUUCUGUUAGUUCAAAUGUUUCAUGUGUCAAACACACACAAAUUCCUGAGGUCAUAUAAGCCAGUUAUUUAAAUAUUUCACUCUCAUAAAUGGUAUAAGAGAGAUUCCUAAGUGGUGAUGCGGCUUCGGGUCUCUAGACCAAUACUCUCUGAUGGGAUCUGGCUUCACCACACAAGUGCAGUGCCCACGUAACAUAUCCACAGUAACCAGGGCUCCUCCAGUCAGAGCUUAACCUGGGACCUCAUUCCUAAAACUGUUCUAGCUGACAACAGGCAGGUGAAGUGCUCCUUCUGUCCAUCCUUUGCUGUCUAUGUGGACAUUUUGAUGUGUGUCAGUGAACUGACAUUCUACACGCUGUAUAUAAUUGCAUGCAUUUCACGGCAGUCUAUGGAGACUCCCUUUGUAGAGCUUUUAUGAAGAACCAAGAAGCCAGGGCAGUUUAGCAAAUGAGGCUCAAUAUUUAUAAACUGGGGCCUUUUCUGUCUCUUUGCUAGCCUCGGUGGCUCUAUACAAACUGGGUGGGUGGGGGGCAGCAAACACCUCACACAUCACAUUUAGAUUUUCUACUUGGGUGUACUCUAGCCAAUUCAAAACAAAUUGCUUACUUUAAUAAUAAAGUUUACCAUUUUAUAUAAAAAAAUCAAACCAUGAUAUGUUUAAUUGAAAUGGCUGUAUUGUAAUUAAUAUUUUGAGAUAAUUGUGAUUUUGAGCUUAAAAUUAUAUAUAAAAGUUGUCAUUUUUGUAUGUGUUAAAAAAUGUACCAUGAUUAACAGUACUUUUUAGUUGAACUACAUAUUGAUGUAAAUAAAACUGAAUGAAGAAACACUAAUUUACUAACAUAGAUUGUGAAUGUACUUCAUGGUUUUUUGCCAUAUGAGACCAUAACAACCUUGAAAGCUGUUUAAUUUAAUGUGCAAAGUUCCACUAACCUGUAUUUCAACUUUGCCAAGCCAGUGACUUUGCAAGUGUGAUCUGUACUCUCCAGCUGUGUCUUAUGCUCUAACACUAUGGGUUAAGGGUAGGGUAUAGUCUGGAAGCAUCAGCAGAUGCGCUUUGUACAGAUAAUAGUGCUGUGCAGUGUACAGCAGAGCCAUUUUUUAGGUUCUGUUGUACUCAAAUUUUUCAGUAUUUAAAAAAGUGUUUUGAAUAACAUAAAAGUCUCUUUAUUGUAUAAAUAAUAAAAUAUCACCUUAUUA